AGGGGCUCUUUUCCAGUUUCCCAUCCCCCUCGUGAAAUUACAAAAUUAAGCUGUUCAAAACAUGUUCACACGGCAUUUUGCAUGUAGUAAAAAUCUGUUCACCUGUUCACGCUGACACGAUUUGAUGCAGUUUAUUACAUGGAAAGUAAGUUUAAAUAGACUUUUAACUAUUGGAUUUCAGAAAAACCAAGGUGGGAACUGGAAAAGAGCCAAGAAAGAUUAAAAAAAUUGUGGCAACUAAGCUAACAAACCAUAAGCAGACAACCCAUAGGCAGAUCAUUUUUUGAUACCUUAGCCGCCUACUAAUUUUAGUACCCAGUAGUUAAGUUUGGAUUUUCAAGAAAUUGAGCAUGUUUCCUGCAGAACUGAAUGCUGCACAAAUGAAUCAGUGAUUUUUUAAACUAGUUGUUAUCCCGAAAAGUCUAUAUUCCGAUUUGAUAACGCUUGCUAAUCGCAAGUGUACAAAUCAGUUGAUAGAUUGGUCGGAAAAUUCUUGUUUCAAAAUCUGCUUUGCAUAAAAUCUGUAUUGCUCUAUUGUUUUUAACCAUGCAAUCGUACGAUAAACAUCCGAUACUUUUUGUCAACAGCAAAACAAAUAAUAUCAAGGUGAUACUCCUUGAACUGAUUAUUCCACAAAUAUAAUUUACCAAAAGUGUCACUUCAAAAUGAGUCAGCUACUUUAUUCUCUCAGCUAUUUGGUGAUAUUUAAACUGAGUUUCAUCGAAAGUCUGAUAGACUGCGACAAUGUUCUCAGUGACACUAAUGAAUUUACUGGAGAGUGUAGCAACAAGUGGAAGAAUCUGAAGCCUCUGGUGAGGCCGGGACAAGCUGUGGUCGGCUAUGCCUGGGUGCGAAGAAAGGUCGACAAUCACUUCGGAUCAGAAGACGAUGCACAGGACUACAUGGACGAAAAUCCUAUCAUCGGGGUGAUCAAUCCAGGAAUAGUUGGGUCGCCUCUCAUUACUAUAGUCGACAAACACCACACACUUAGUGCUCUAGACUACAGUGGGUUUGUAGAAGUUUCAGUCACCUUCAAUAUCAUCUGUGACUAUCGCAACCUCUCUUGGCAAGACUUCUUCCAAGUCGCGGAGGCUCAAAACCUCCUCUACUUGGGCGAGCGUCCAAAGGCCGACUUCAAUGCUCUCCCACAGCCUAUUUCAGCACAAGAACUUCCGAUAUAUUUUGAAUUCACUAAAAGCAACAAAGCGUUUGCCGACGAUCCUUGGCGAGCGUUGUCUAGUUAUUCUCGCAAGGUCAAAGAUGCUCCCGAUGGCUUCCCCAACUGCGACAAGGAUGAUGAUAAGUAUUGCGAAAGAUGCUACGAUCGAGUCUGUGAAACUAAUCAAUCAACCGUCGUCCACAACUUGGAAUCAAGCCCGCCGCCCAGCAUUCCAUUUUACGAAUUUCGAUGGGGCUAUUUUAUGAAUUUUGCUGCUUUCUUUAACAGUUCUUAUUGGCCAUCCUUCGACGACUGGCAUGAUUUCAUGAAAGCUUACUCGCAACUGGAUACAAGUUUCGAAACUAUGGACUACAAAGAUUGGCAAGACGUCGCGGACUUGCUGAUUCCACUGUGUCGAAGUACCCCUACUGGAUCCUACAGUUUACCCGAUGAUAUUUUUCCGGCUUCAAAUUCACUGAAACUGCCUGGCUAUGUGGAGGGUACAGAAAAGUUGGGUGCAGACCCAACCUGCGGGAUACCCUCUUGUUGAAACGUUUCAGCGAAAGUUCAAUUUUUGAAGAAAAAAUUUUAAAAAAAACAUGGUAUACUCGUUAAUAAACUACAAUAACAUUAGUUUUUCCGCUGUUUUCGUCUCAGUUAUGAUUCCUGUGGCUCUCAAAAAUAGCUUGAAGAAUUUUUUCACCGCCGAAAAACAAUUCGAUCUCUUCACUGACUCCGUAAGUACAAUUUCAUGAAACCUAUUUUGCCGACCAAAGAAAGGAAUAUAUUUUUUGCGUUAUUAGAAGUAUCCAGAGUUAGCUCCGAGGUAGAUCUGGCGUACAAAGUAGCUCAAUAACACAGCCAACAGAUAAUAGGAAAAGUGUACACAGAGGCGCAGCUGAGCUUCGCACCACUUGCUAUACAACUAGAUCUAUCAAAAUGAACGGUGGCUGUGGUGAAAAAAAAACAACAUGCCAGAACACUAAAAUGAAAAAUCAGCACCGGAACAAAACAGCAUAAUCACUUGCGAUACCACAAAAAUAGCAUUACAAGCUAGCAGAUAGAGAAGAAAAGGGGAGCCACUAAGACCAGAGAACGGAAAAUUUUUUCGAAGAAACCACAAUUAAAAAACUUUCUCUUUGUCUGGAAUGAUGUUCUAUUUGCGGAAAACACGUCGGGAGACACAUUCGACGGCGUUUAAUGAACAUUCAAAAACAAUUAUCAAGCGAAAAUAAAAAAGUUAUCAUGAAAAACUUUGAACUAUAAGCUAUAUUCUGAAAUUUUUAAUGUUUUGUGCGAUCCGGAGGAAAG